AUUAUAUUAAAAUUAUUUUUUUCAACCUAUCUUUCUGUGCAAAUGCAUGCUGAAAGUUUGGAAUCUCUGUUUACUUUCAUAUAUCAAAAUGUAUAUAGUGUCAAUACCAUACUACUACAGUUUCAUUAUAUAUAAUCUUUAAUCAAAUUUGGGAUUUUUGGGAUUUCAAUUCUUUGUAUGUACUCAAAUUGUUUUGAACAAAAAGAAGAAACAUUCUUUAGUGUUGUGUUUUUUUGUGGACCCUUUGGGAAAUUUUUGUUGUGAUACAAUGAGUUUUCUAACAGGAGCACCAAAAAAUUCAUGGCAACCAGCUAUGACAGUUGAUACAACAACAUCAGAUUACUGGUUGAAUUGGAGGGUUACAUUGUGUUCCAUUUGGAUUUUUGCUUCAAUGGUUUUUGCAUCAAUUCUUAUAACAAAGUAUGAAGGACCUCGCGGUUCGAGAAAUAGGAGGAGAGAAGAGGAGAAAGACUCCCCUGGCCUUCUGUAUGAAGAUGAAGUUUGGAAACCAUGUCUUAAAACCAUACAUCCUGGUUGGCUUCUUGGAUAUAGAGUCGUCGCGUUUUUAAUCCUCUUGUUAUUGUUAAUCAUGAAUGUUGUUGUUGAUGGAGGGGAGCUUUUUUACUUUUAUACACAGUGGACAUUCACAUUGAUCACAAUUUAUUUUGGGCUUGGAUCUGUGCUCUCCAUGUAUGGAUGUUAUCAGUAUCACAAUGAAGUUGGUGGCGAUGUAAUAGGUAACGAGAGGCAAGAUAUUGAGUAUAGUUCGCGAAGAUUGUCUAUGAAUGUAGAGAGUAGCACUAGUUCAAAUGUUGCAAAACAGGUAAUGGAAAAUGCAGAAGAGAGUUCUCGCCAAAUUGCUGAUUUCUGGGGAUAUGUUUUUCAGAUAAUUUUCCAGAUGAAUGCAGGAGCAGUAACGCUUACUGACUGCGUUUUCUGGUUCAUACUUGUCCCAGUUUUGACCAUUCGGGGUUAUACUUUAAACUUUUGGAUAAUAAACAUGCAUUCGAUCAAUGUAGUGUUUCUACUUGGUGAUACAGCUCUCAACUCUUUGCGUUUCCCUUGGUUUCGAAUUGGAUAUUUCUUUCUGUGGACAGCAGUUUAUGUUGUUUUUCAAUGGGCAGUCCAUGCCUGUAUGUCAAUAUGGUGGCCUUAUCCAUUUCUUGAUCUGUCAUCUUCAUUUUCUCCUCUGUGGUAUUCAUCAGUGGCGGUGAUGCACAUACCUUGCUAUGGCAUUUUUGUUUUGGUCAUGAAGCUCAAACACCAUUUGUUAAAGAAAUGGUUUUCUCACUCUUAUCAGUGUGCAGGAUGAUGCUAAACAGGGAUUUUAUGCCUUAAAGGCAGCAAACUGUCCAAGGGAGAAAUGAGAAAAGAUUACAACAAAUAGCAGAAAAGGCAACAUGAGUUCAAUUUUUGAACAACACAACAUUGGUAUUUGGUGCUUGUUUCCCCAGAAAAGGAAAAAAAGGGUAACAAGUAAAGGAAACAGAAUAUUACUUUUAUGUAGCAAAAUAGCAGUAAAUUUACAAAAAGAGAAUAGAGGGAUAGAGUUUUGUGUUUGCAAAAUACAUAUGUAGAAACAAAUAUCAAUAGUUCAUACAAAUAAUUUAUUAUUCAAUAUAUAUAUGCAACAUGUUUACACUCUCA